ACAUGAGUCUUCUGAAUGCAGAUUGUGACCGAAGGGUGUGAUUGGCAUGGAAUUGAAUUUCUUCUGUCUGUGGGAAUUGUAAAUAAGGUUGCCAUCACGAAAGCCAAAGUGGAUUUCUCCAGUGUAGUGUGCCUGCCCCCUUCCGUCAUUGCUGUGAAUGGGCUGGACGGAGGAGGGGCUGGCGAAAAUGAUGAUGAACCAGUGCUGGUGUCCCUGUCUGCGGCCCCCAGCCCCCAGAGCGAAGCUGUUGCCAAUGAACUGCAGGAGCUCUCCUUGCAGCCCGAGCUGACCCUUGGCCUCCACCCUGGCAGGAAUCCCAAUUUGCCUCCACUUAGUGAGCGGAAGAAUGUGCUGCAGUUGAAGCUCCAGCAGCGGCGGACACGGGAAGAGCUGGUGAGCCAGGGGAUCAUGCCUCCUUUGAAAAGUCCAGCUGCGUUUCAUGAACAGAGAAGGAGCUUGGAGCGGGCCAGGACAGAGGACUAUCUGAAACGGAAGAUUCGUUCCCGGCCGGAGAGAUCAGAGCUGGUUAGGAUGCACAUUUUGGAAGAGACCUCGGCUGAGCCUUCCCUUCAGGCCAAGCAGCUGAAGCUGAAGAGAGCCAGGCUGGCUGAUGACCUCAACGAGAAGAUCGCGCAGAGGCCUGGCCCCAUGGAGCUGGUGGAGAAGAACAUCCUGCCUGUGGAGUCCAGCUUGAAAGAAGCCCUCAUCGUGGGCCAGGUGAAUUACCCGAAAGUGGCAGACAGCUCUUCUUUCGAUGAGGACAGCAGCGACGCCUUAUCCCCUGAGCAGCCUGCCAGCCAGGAGUCCCAGGGCUCAGUGCCAUCACCCCUGGAAGCCCGAGUCAGCGAGCCACUGCCCAGUGCCACCUCUAUAUCCCCCACUCAGGUUGUAUCUCAACUCCCAGUGGGCCCAGAGUCCAGAGAAACGCUUUUCCUGGCAGAGCAGCCUCCUCUGCCUCCCAGCCUCACCAACGGAACCACGGUCCCCACCGCCAAGCCCACCCCCACGCUCAUUAAGCAAAGCCAACCCAAGUCUGCCAGCGAGAAGUCGCAGCGCAGCAAGAAAGCCAAGGAGCUGAAGCCAAAGGUGAAGAAGCUCAAGUAUCACCAGUACAUCCCCCCGGACCAAAAGCAGGACAAGGGGGCGCCCCCCAUGGACUCCUCCUACGCCAAGAUCCUGCAGCAGCAGCAGCUGUUCCUCCAGCUGCAGAUCCUCAACCAGCAGCAGCAGCAGCACUAUAACUACCAGACCAUCUUGCCGGCCCCCCCAAAGCCAGCAGGUGAGGCUCUGGGAAGCGGCGGGGCCCCCCCGAUGCGCAGCCUUUCCACUACCAGUACCAGUUCCAGCUCGGGCACCCCUGGGCCCAGUGGGCUGGCACGUCAAAACAGCACCUCUCUGACUGGCAAGCUGGGAGCCCUGCCCGCCAACCUGGACGACAUGAAGGUGGCAGAGCUGAAGCAGGAGCUGAAGUUGCGGUCACUGCCUGUCUCUGGCACCAAGACAGACCUGAUUGAGCGCCUGCGUGCCUACCAAGAACAAGUCAGCCCUGCCCCAGGAGCCCCCAAGGUCCCUGCUGCCACCUCUAUCCUGCCCAAGGCUGGCGAGGUGGUGGUAGCCUUCCCGGCGGCCCGGCUAAGCACGGGGCCUGCUCUGGUGGCAGCAGGCCUGGCCCCAGCCGAGGUGGUAGUGGCUACGGUGACCAGCAAUGGAGUGGUGAAAUUUGGCAGCACGGGCUCCACACCCCCCGUGUCUCCCACUCCCUCAGAGCGUUCACUGCUUAGCACGGGAGAUGAGAACUCCACACCUGGGGACACCUUUGGCGAGAUGGUGACAUCACCACUGACCCAGCUCACCCUGCAGACUUCGCCACUGCAGAUCCUUGUAAAGGAGGAGGGUCCCCGGACCGGGUCCUGCUGCGUGAGCCCUGGGGUGCGGGCAGAGCUGGAGGGGCGUGACAAGGACCAGAUGCUGCAGGAAAAGGACAAGCAGAUUGAGGAGCUGACCCGCAUGCUCCGGCAGAAGCAGCAGCUGGUGGAGUGGCUCAGGCUGCAGCUGGAGCAGGAGAAGCGGGCCCAGCAGCCCCCGCCGGCCCCCACCCCGGCCCCGGCCCCCACCCCGGCCCCUCUUGGCGUCCCAGUGAAGCAAGAAAACAGCUUCUCCAGCUGCCAGUUGAGCCAGCAGCCCCUGGGCCCUGCUCAUCCCUUCAGUCCCAGCCUGGCGGCCCCCACUCCCCACCACGUAGACACUUGUGCCCUGGUGCCUCCUUCGGUGGUGGUGAAGCAGGAAGCCAUGCUGCCUGAGCCGGAGCCGGCUCCCACCCCCCAGCUGCUUCUGGGCCCACAGGGCCCCAGCCUCAUCAAAGGGGUGACACCUCCCACCGUCAUCACUGACUCUGCAGGGACCCACCUUGUCCUCACCGUGACCAAUAAGAAUGCAGACAGCCCUGGCCUGGCCAGUGGGAGCCCUCAGCAGCCCUUGUCCCAGCCUGGUUCUCCAGCCCCUGUCCCAGCAGCCCAGAUGGACCUGGAGCACCUGCCACAGCCCCCAUUCGGGACCUCCACUUCUCUGCCGAAGAAGGAGCCGCCUGGCUAUGAGGAAGCCGUGAACCAGCAGCCCAGACAGCAGGUGAAGAAGGAAAAUGGUUCCUCGAGCCAACAGAUGGAUGACCUGUUUGACAUUCUUAUUCAGAGUGGAGAAAUUUCAGCAGAUUUCAAGGAGCCACCAUCCCUGCCAGGGAAAGAGAAGCCCCCCGCAACAGCAGCCUGUGGGUCGCCCCUGGCCUCACAGUCCCCACCCUCUGCUGAGCUUCCCCAGGCUGCCCUGCCCUCGACCUCACCUGUCCUUCCUGGGCGCCUGGAGGACUUCCUGGAGAGCAGCACUGGGCUACCCCUGCUGACUGGCGGACAUGAGGGGCCAGAGCCCCUCUCCCUCAUUGACGACCUCCACAGUCAGAUGCUGAGCAGCUCUGCCAUCCUGGACCACCCCCCCUCACCCAUGGACACCUCGGAAUUGCACUUUGCCCCCGAGCCCAGCAGCAUGGGCCUGGACCUGGCUGAUGGCCACCUGGACAGCAUGGACUGGCUGGAGCUGUCAUCAGGUGGCCCCGUGCUCAGCCUGGCCCCACUCAGCAACACGGCCCCCAGCCUCUUCUCCACGGACUUCCUUGAUGGCCAUGACUUGCAGCUGCAUUGGGAUUCCUGCUUGUAGCUCUCAGGUUUGCCAGGGAACUGGAGGGGCUGGCAGCUGGGGAGCCUCAGGAACUCUAGGGAGCUCAGCUCUCUCCUGCGGGAUCCAGCUCUGCGUGGUCGUGAGUCCCGACAAUCACAGGCCCUGCUUUCCCCUCCCUGGCUCAGGGUCACCCAGGGGUUUUGGAGACCUGGACAGGCCAGGGACUUUCUAUUUGACCUCCUUUUGUGAGGUUGGAGGUACCCUGCCUGGCUACAGUUUGCUCAGGUGGGCGAGGUAUGAACUCCCUCCUUCCCUUCUCUUCCCUACAAGGGAAAGAAAAACUGGGCCUCUACCUCCCCAUUCCCCGUGACCCUAACCCCAAGUUUCCUAGGCUGGGGGAGGCGCUGCCAUGUUAGUGUCUUGCUGUAGAGUAACCAUUUAGUGGUUGGUGGCAAACAUGUUCUGUACAGGUGUACAUACCUCUAUAUUAUAUAUCGCCAUACAUAUAUAUACAUAUAUUUUUUGGGGGUAAGAGGUGGAUGAAGUUCCCUCCCAUCCUACUGUGCACAUAUAGAAGGGUCUGGAGACCCCUGCUCCACCCAUCACGUGUGUUUGACAUGUAGACACCCCAUCACAGCCUGUACCCCACCUGUCCUGCUCGUUAUCAGUGCCACGAGGGCAGAGGUGCAUCUUGGCCACCUGCCCACAUUCCGUCCUGCUGCCUCACUGCAGCCACCACGGCCCUGGGACAGGAGGGGCAUUAGCGCCAUAGUGGGGCCAUAUGUAGCCCUCAAGCUAUGGCUUCCUCCUGCCCUGGGGCCCAGCCUCCCUUCUGGCUGUCACUGUUAUUCUAGGGGUUUCGGGGGGGGGGGGGUCACCAGUGCUGGGACAGAGGUGGGGAAGCUGUGUGAACUUUUUAAAAUAAAAGCAAAAACACCAG